AUGAAGCUCUUGAACCUCGCCUUCUUGACUGUCGCCGCCGCCGGCGCCUUGGCCGCACCUGCCGCAUCGGCAGAGCAGGUCGCCUCUGUGGGCCUGCGCGCCCGUUCCCCCGAGUUCUUCCAGGCUAUCCAUGACAUGAUCAACUCGACCGCGGAGGAGGAUGGUUUCAGCAUCGAGAAGCGUGGCACUACCACUCUCACCUCGAGCAAGGACGGCGUCAACGCCGGAGGGUUCUACUACUCGGUCUACAGCCCCAACGGCGCCACUGUCAAGUACACCAGCGACGACAACAGCGGCGCGUGGGGACUCGACUGGACUUGCAAGGCUGAAUUCCUGGCUGGCAAGGGUUACAGGUCUACGACUCCUCGUUCUCUCACGUACUCCGGCUCUUUCAAGGCCAGCGGCGACUGGACCCUGGCUGCCUACGGCUGGACGACCAACCCGGUGACCGAAUGGUACGUCGUCGAUGCCCACGGAUCCGGCACCCCUGGCAACGGCAAGCCGGUCGGCACAGUGACCAGCGACAGCGGUACAUACGAUGUUUACGACCUGUACUACUCCAACGUCCUCGAGAUCUACAGCGCCACCUCGUUCCAUCAAUACUGGUCUGUCUGCCGCGCCCAGCGCACCACUGGCGGUACGAUCAAUGUCGCGAAGCACUUCAGCGGCUGGAAGUCUCUUGGCCUCAAGCCUGGAGCUCCUGUGUUCCAGAUGCUCACCCUUGAGGGCUUUUCUGGAAGUGGUUCUCUGUCUUUGAAGACUAGUUAA